AUGGAGCGUAUGGGUGGCGCAAGAAGCACCGAGUUCUGGUUACAGGCAAGUCGCACGUGUAAAAAGGCGCCUCCGACGGACUGGAUCAUGCUACAAAGAAUGCACGUGGAGUCAGUCGAGCUCACACUUCGUCUUCUUCAGAGCGUCCACCGUGCAGCUACUCGUAUUGUUCAGUACGGACCGGUUCGGAAAGUAGGACGUCUGAGCCCGUAUCGACAUCCAAUGGGUCAAGAACAGCUCAUCGUCUCUGUCUCCAUCUCAGCUUCAAAGGUCGUGCUAGCAGUACCUACCGCCAACCUCGAGACUGAAGUGCAGCUUUAG